GUAACUCGUAGUGAGGCGCAACAGGCGGUCGUGAGCGGUCGAUAUACAUAUUGUGUAAAAAGUCACUCGUGUUACAUUUGGAUUACCUUUGUAUUCAUAUCAAGUGGGUACCUACCUAACUGAUCUCACAUAGUUCAAGUGAGUACGAGCGCUGCCCAGACGCAGCUCGAAGCCGGAGGGGUCAUUGUCAUUACAUCGGUAAGACGUGAGGGCGAUAUGCGGUUGCGAAAUGACUGCAGGCGCAGCGCAGCGCUUUGGAUAUGUUGCUUGGUGUACGGUGUGGCGCAGGCCGAGUGUCAUGCGUCGAUGGCGUCCGAGCCCUCAGUCGUACAGGUCAAGAGUCCGGAAUCUACGAGUCGCUCGGUUGCACCAUCUUCGCUCUUAGUUAGUAUAUCUAAUCCCAGCAUAACCAUAGUAGGUGAUAAUUUCGCCAUCAACGGAGAACCAUUCCAAAUAAAGUCAGGAUCUCUGCACUACUUUAGAGUACCUGCAGUGUACUGGAAGGAUCGCUUACAUAAAUUGAAAGCAGCUGGACUUAAUGCUGUGUCGACGUAUGUCGAAUGGAGUUUCCAUGAGCCUGAAGAGAGACAAUACUCCUUCGAAGGCGAUCGCGAUGUGGCUGCUUUUGUACGUCUCGCAGCGGAAGAAGGCUUACAUGUUCUACUGCGCCCUGGGCCCUACAUAUGUGCCGAAAGAGAUCUGGGCGGUUUGCCAUAUUGGCUACUAGGAAAGUACCCUCAAAUACGAUUGAGAUCGACUGAUGAAGCAGAUUUUAUCGCUGAAACAAAAAUAUGGUUGGAGAAAUUAUUUGAACAACUCAAACCCCUAUUAUUUGGAAACGGAGGUCCGAUAAUUUUAGUUCAGGUGGAAAAUGAAUAUGGCAGUUACGGUAGUGACAUGGAAUACAAAGUACAAGCGCGGGACAUAAUGCUGAAACAUGUGGGUGACAAAGCGCUCCUGUACACCACUGAUGGCACUUACGUUUCCAUGUUUCAAAGUGGUGCUAUACCAAAUGUUCUCACCACAAUCGAUUUCGGUGCAACUUCAAAGAAAGCCUUACAAGAUAAUUUUAAAGCAUUGAGGAGCUACAUGCCGCACGGUCCCUUGAUGAACUCAGAGUUCUAUCCAGGCUGGUUAACGCACUGGGGCGAGACAUUCAAGCGGGUCCCCACAGCCCCGGUCGUCGCCACGCUGGAGGAUAUGCUAAAUAGUUCCAUCAACUUCAAUAUUUAUGUUUUCUUCGGCGGCACCAACUUCGAAUUUACAGCAGGUGCCAACUAUGAUGGCACGUAUACGCCAGAUAUUACGUCAUAUGAUUAUGAUGCCCCUAUAAGCGAAUCUGGUGAUCUUACUACCAAGUAUUUCGCUAUUCGCGAAGUUUUAGCAAGGUAUGACUCCAAAGUGACAGACAUUGAUCCCCCUUCACCUUCCAAUGCAUCAGCGUAUGGAAAAAUAACCCUUACUAAGCGAUUUGGUCUGUUAUCAACAUUAGGCAGGACAACUUUGGGAAAAAGGUAUCCCAAUGUAGUCGGCUCAAAACUUCCUACGUUUGAGAAGCUGCGCCAGCGCUCCGGACUAAUGCUCUAUGAGAUCUCACCGGGGCAAAUGGGUCCCGGGACUCUGUUGGAAAUUGCAAAACCUCGGGAUCGCAUUCAUGUUUUUGUUGACGGUAGACUUGUAGGAAUACUAAGCCGGACUAAAAAACUAUAUUCCUUGCCAGUAGAAACCGAAUCGGAUUCAGUUCUAUCACUACUCGUAGAAAACCAAGGACGCAUCAAUUAUGGCAACGCACUACACGACUUCAAGGGUAUCCUCAGUAAAGUCUAUUUGGGCGGAAAGGUGCUCUCCGGUAAUUGGUCUGUAACUGGAUUUCCCCUUGAAAACCUGGACGGGUUAGCGACGGCAACCGCUGAAGGCGGACAAAGGUUUAAAGUACCAAUGCUGUUCGACGGUUACUUCACUGUUCCAGAAAACGAACAACCUCAAGACACAUUUUUUGAUCCUACUUCAUGGGGAAAGGGUUUCAUUUGGGUGAACGGCCACAACCUCGGGCGUUACUGGCCGGGCACGGGCCCGCAGGUGACGCUGUAUGUGCCCGGCUGCUGGCUGCGCGCCGCCCCGCACUGCAACCACGUGCAAGUGCUCGAGCUGGACCGGGCGCCGGUCGACACCUCCAUUCGCUCCAUACUUUACCCCAUACUUAAUAGAACUGUCCAAACAACUACAGGCUCUGCGUAAAGCCUGCUGUAAAACUUUGACCGAAAGGACAAGUAAAAUUUACUAAGAACGUAAA